UAGCGCAUGGGCAGCCAGUGAGGAAUUAUUCCACAUCGCAUCACAUGCCUUACAUGGCGUCCUUAUAUUUAACGAAACGAUGCAUUUGCUCAAAUUUACUGAAUUGAGAAUAACAGUCAUUUUCGAAUUCUGGUAACCUCAGUUAGUUCGCAUGGGAGGGGGAUUUUAUAUAGCCUCCUUACAUUGCAAGCAAGCGGGAACGUUAUGGGUUUCGGCUCCUAUGAAUCCUGGCCAAUUCCUGCAAAUAUUGCCAUCAGCGCAAAUAUUUAUUUGCAUCCUUAACGUUUUCGGCAUGUAGGACUGUAUGUAUGAGGGAACGACCCGGAAAAGCAAUGGGAAGAUAUGCAUAUUUUAAUACAUGCUUGUCGAGAUGGAUACAUCAAUGAGAUGACCUGGGAACUCAACAUCAGACCAAAAUCACUAGAUGACUAAGGACCUCAUUCCAACUGUGUGCAGCAACACCUCGUUCAAACACUACUUCAAACACUACUACUGAGCCAAUGUAGAACCUGCCCCUUCAGAAUCCCAUGACUUUUUUCCUUGCCUGGAUUUCAGCACAAAGUCAAAUCUACCAGGUGUGGAAUAGUUAUUUUUUUCUUUGAUACUUUUGAACUAAUAGUAAAACAAUUUAAUGCAGAUUCAAUGUUACAUUACCUUUUUAGAUAUGUACUUCUCAGUGCAAAUUAGAAUUGUAAGACUGCCAGGGAGAGACAAUGCUUUUUUACCAAUCGCAAACUAGCCCAACCCACUUGGCACAGAUGUCAGUUCAAUGUCUAAUGUUGAUUAACAUUUGCUUGAGAUGUCAACUAAUGUGAAAUCAACCAAACAUUUCACCAUGUCAAUGGAUUUAAGUUAAAAGUUGGGUGAAAAAGACAAAAUCCCCUUACAUUGAUUACUUUUAAAAAAUCCAAUCCAUUUUUCAUGUUGAUUCAACGUCAUCAGAUUACAUUUUUUUUAAAUGAAAGUGAGUGGAAACAACGUUAAUGCAACCAAUCUUUGCCCAGUGGGAAGCACUGUACUUUAAAAAGCUUCCAUGUCCUUCUGUCUUUAUUCAAACCACACUGCACGACAUGGUACAAGUUAAGAAAGUGCAAGUUAAGAAAGUGCAAGUUAAGAAAGAGGGCUGUUAGUAGUAUUUGUGGACGUGGUCUCUCCACUUUGACAGAGAAGUUUGGACUUGAGGUAUGUAAGACAGCUGCUCCUCACAAUCAUCUGAGAAGAUAUUAUGAAUCAUCACCAUACUCGGUUCACAGCAGAGCAGACUUUCAUAGGCCCUGUACCUUUUGCACCAUAGUUUGUUUAUGUUUAUAUCCAUUGGUUAUUGCAGGUAUUCGAAAGGCACACUUGAUUUACCUUGCCCAGCGAAGAUUCACAUUUGGAGCCAUUUUAUCGGUCCCUAGUUGAAUCUCUGCCGACUCUGCAAUCCGGGCGAGCUAAUCUAGUGUGCCCAUUCACAAAUUGCCUCAACACACUUCUCACACUGCACGAGCCACAACAAAAAUGUUUGCCAAACAUUUCAUUGAACGUGACAAGAGAAUGUAAAAGCUAUUGUUUAACAUUGUUGGCCCUCUCGUACUGUAUAAAGGCAAGGACAGACACUUACAAACAAUCUCAAACUUUUGUCAUCAUUCCUCUCUUCCUCUUAUUCACUGGAAAGAGUCAUUCUGAUUAAAUAAGGAAUUCACAGAUUUAUUGAGUUUAAUUUUUGUUUUUUUUACGUAUCUUUAUAGGACAGAGUAUGCCAUCUGCACCUUUCCACAGAAUUCUACGACCCCUUCUAGUUGGCACCUUCCUACUGGGCUGUUUUGUGACUCUGUUUUUGAUGUACUUUAAACCAUCUACUAGCUGGCUAUCAGGUCCCGUAGAGUCAACAGCAUCCACAAUCCGAGUUAAAAACCUCUUCUCCGCCAAGAGUGACAAAAACCUGACCACUGUACUCGUCUGGCUCUGGCCCUUUGGACAGACCUAUGACCUGGGUGUCUGCAGCUCUCUGUUCAACAUUGAAGGCUGUUUCAUCACAGCAGAUCGGAACCUAUAUAAUAAGUCAGAUGGUGUCGUCAUACAUCACAGGGAUAUCUGUACUGAUCUCUCCAACCUGCCCCCCCUUCAGCGUCCCUCCUUCCAAAAGUGGAUAUGGAUGAAUCUCGAGUCACCAUCUCACUCCUCUCAGCUGCCCGGUAUCGAAAACCUGUUCAAUUUAACUCUGAACUAUCGCCAGGAUGCUGAUAUCGAAGUGCCUUAUGGGUCGAUCGUGACGGCCCAAGGGGACGAGGAUUUCGUGCCUCCGAGCAAAAGCAAAUUGAUCUGCUGGAUUGUCAGCAACUGGAACCCGGAUCAUGUGCGAGUGAAGUACUACAACGAGCUAUACAAACACAUUGAGGUUCGCGCUUACGGACAAGCCUUUGGGGAGUACAUUGCGGAUCAAGACUACUUUCCUACCAUCGCCAGUUGUAAAUUCUACUUGGCAUUUGAGAACUCAAUUCACAAAGACUACAUCACCGAGAAACUGUAUAACCCACUCUCUGUAGGGACGGUGCCUGUGGUUUUAGGCCCGCCAAGACAGAACUAUGAGAACUUUGUCCAGGGGGAUGCUUUUAUCCAUGUGGAUGACUUCACCUCUCCCAAAGAGUUGGCUGACUAUCUCCUGCUCUUGGACAAAAAUGAGGAAAUGUACCUCAGGUACUUUGAGUGGCGACGGCACUUUAAGGUGAAAAAGGCAUACUUCUGGGCCGAACACACAUGCCUCGCUUGUGAUUAUCUCAGAAGGCACAAAGAGUACAAGGCAUUCAAUAACCUCGAUAAAUGGUAUUGGGGUGGAACGCCUUGAAGGUCUAGAAAUUGUUGUUUUGCUGUUGGAGGCAUUGCUUGAAAAAUAUCUUCAGUCAUGGACAAUGCUUCAACAAUGUUUUUCUCAGUGGUUACAGGGGCCCAAAUUAGCCAUUCCCUUUUUUUUAUUUUGUUACCAGCCAGAUUUGCUCAGCCUUACUUUGCCUAUUGCAUUUUCAUUCAAUCAUGUAUUUAUGUUGUAGUCAUUUGCAAUGCAUUUAAUAUUUGUUUUAUAAAAUAACACUUUUAUAUUUAAUCUCUGAACGUGACCACAUUUGCUGCUAUGUGUUUUUUUAUGAUGUACUGUAACUUGGGAAUCAAGCUGACAAGCCACAUCUUUCAUCUGGCAGUAUACACAAUAUUGUGGUGUUGAAAUUGUAGUUUUUGUAAUGGUAACUGGUAUUUUUUUUUCUUUCUGUGGAAUGUUCAUGUUGAAUUUGUUGUCCUCAGGGCACUAUUGAAAAUGAGUCACUGGUCUCAAUGGGCUCCCAAGAUUAAAUGAAAGUUAAAUAAUACAAAAAAAAAAUAUUCAGUAAAUAAUUGAAGAAAUAGUUGUUUCAAUUAAAAUAUUUAUGUACUAUUUAUUGAAUUGAGACAUUGUAUGAUAAAAUACCAUCUAAAAAUCGUGAUACAGUCAUCUAUGCAGUGUUUACUGAACUUCAAAUGUAAAAGUAGUUCAGUUUUGUUAUCUACUGUAUAUUGUACAUGUGUGUGUUUUUGAGAAAUCACUCUCAAUUUAUUUUUGCAAGGUUGCAUUUGCAAAACAAAUGGAUAGUCAUCUUUGAUCAUGUAUGUACAGUAAUACAUUGUAGAAAGACGGAAAGAUAUAAAAAAAAUACUGACAAAGUGUGUUAGGGGAGAAUAGUGAACUUAUUAUGCUAAUAGUGGUUUCUUAGUGGGCAUUAUCACAUUAAAUGCAUUGCAGUUCUUUAAAAUGCCCCAAGCUCAGUUUUCAUACCAUUCUGUGUAAAUUCUAAUUUUGUCAAAAUUUUCUCCACUGAACAAUGCAUCUAAGCAGCUCUCAGCAUGAUGGAUGAAUCGGUAACACUUUAUUUGAACUGUACAUAAUAAGAGUCAUAAUAUAACAAACAUUUCUGAAAUGGUUAUAACAAGUGUUAUGACAACAGUUAAUGUCACUUGCAAUUUUUAGUUGUUGACACCUAUUAAGACUACAUAAAUGUGUCAUAACCAUGAGAAAUGUUGUGACAGUUUUUCCUAAAGGGUAACACUACCUUAAUGAAGUAAACUAUUCAUAAUUUCAUUAGUUUAAUAUUGUCAUAACAUUAUCCUACCAGCCACUAACCCUUCAUUACAUUUUUUUCUAUAAUCUAUGAUAUUGGCCUUUUACAUUUAGCGCCAUUUAGCACUUUCAUCAAGUCUAAGCACUUCACAUUUCCAGUAAAAGCUCUCUGACCUCAUCCACCUGCAAUGUGUAACACCCACCUGGAUCAUGCACAGCAGCAGUGGAGAGAUAAGAUGUGAAUGUGCCAACUGGAAUUAGGGUAUGAUUAGGUGCUAGGAUAUAACACGGAUUAAUGAUCACUUUACUGUAACUGCAGAUACCUUACAUAAUUAUGUCAUAAUUCACCAAAAUAAACACAAGGAGUGUCAUUUUAUUUGAUUUUUUACACUUCUGUUUAUAACACAAUGCCAGGUUACCUACACUACAGCUAACCAUUUUAGCCUUGAUGUGUAAGUGACAAACUUAUGUUAAUAAUACCUGUCAGUAUGUCAUGUUUACGACAAUAUUAUGAUGCUGGUAUGUUGUAGCUACAGUUCAAAUACAGUGUAGGAACACUUUCUUUGAAGGUUGAAUACAUGAAGCAUUCUUAUUAGCAUAUAUAAACUAUUCAUAACACACCCAUGAAAUCAGUAACAUCGAAGACCUUAAGAGUACAUUCAAUAAGCAUACAGUAAUAUUAUUUGUCAUUAGUGACGUUAUUGAAUUGUUUAAAUGUGAAAAUAAAAGUCCUAUGAACUGGCAGAUUUUGGGAAGAACAAAAAAAUGUUUUAUUCCCUUAUGUUACUUUAUUGGUUCUGAAAUGCUGUUUAUUUUUGUACUAUUUCCAUUUUGUGUAUCACUAUGCAUGUUGUGUUAUCAUUGAUACUUUUAGUUUACUUUUAAAUUAAUUUCCAAAAUGUAUAGCCAGAUAGAUUCACACAAUCUAUAGAUUGUAUGAAGACUUGUCACAAUUUUAUUUAUUUUACCUUUAUUUAACUAGGCAAGUCAGUUAAGAACAAAUUCUUAUUUUCAAUAAUGACCUAGGAACAGUGGGUUAACUGCCUGUUCAGGGGCAGAACGACAGAUUUGUACCUUGUCAGCUCGGGGGUUUGAACUUGCAACCUUCCGGUUACUGACCAUCAAAGAUAUGAACCACAGAGUUACAGACUGACCGGUCAACCGAAUGGACAAUAUAACUUCUGUAGACUACAUUUACAUUUUAUUUUAUUUAACCUUUUUUUUAAAUCAAACAAACUGUUGCUUACAUGUUCUAAAAAUACAUCAGAUAUUUAUAGUAUCUGGCUACAUGGUUGGAAAACACAUGUAACAUGCAAUCAAUGUUAAUUAAGGUAAUAAUAAUAAAUGUUUGAGAAGGUGAAUUUAAAAGUUAAGGACAUUUCAGUGUUCCGAACUACCUCAAUUCCUGACAUUUUCGUAUCUCUAAAAUUCCUACUGUAGAUGCUUUAUGAAUGAAUACACUAUGAAGGUCUUUAUAAAUGUUACUUACACCUUCAUGGAUGUGUUAUGAAUUUGUAUUAUUAUGUUGUUGUGAAUGCUUUAUGUAUCAGUAACGAACAUCCCUGUGCUUGCCUAGCUGUGCCACUUCCACCUGCUCCAGCACACCCCGAGACCAUAACCUUGGACCUCUGCCUCGCAAACACACGUGCUCGCCCUCUUGAAACACAUUUAACUAGCUGCGCCACCAAAAAGGUACCAAUGCAAUGGUGCAGAUGGUGGUUUCAAGCUCGAUACAGUCCGUAUUGCGGAGGAGCCGUGGUAUAGAGCGAUUGAAAUUUAAAGGUAAUUUUCCGAUUGAUCUAACAUAUGCAGCAGCGUCUGUCAUGAAUGCAGUCUCCGCAAACAUGGAAACAUUGCAUUUAAAUUAUAAUCGCACUAUACCGGGAAUAUUCCGCUAUACAGAUUGAAUCAAAACCUUUGUUUAACCAAUUCAAUUCGGUUAUAUAUGUAACAUUCAAAGAAAGUAACCUAAAUAGUUGCUGUUGAAUCUUAACGCAAAACGUAUGUAAGACUUUCAAAAUAUUUUGUAUGCAAGAUUAGUUUGUACCUGGUGAAAAUACUCAACUUUCAGGUUGUUUUCAUUUUGUUGUAUUUACUGUGAGUGGGACCAUUAGUUUAAAGAGGAUGAUUAUAAAUAUUUGUUAUAUAGACAAUAAAAAAAACAAUCAGUCUAUGUGUAUAAACUGAAAGGUUAUUUUAAGGUGGGACAAGGACACAACAUAAAGCAUGUCGUCCGUGUGCAGCGGGCAGCAGCCCUAUAGCCUCUGACCACAGAACAUCGGCUGUCAUUUCUUUCCCAAACGAUUCUUCACGUUGAAACGUCAACUUUCGUUGACACCCAGAAGAUCUACUGCACACGACCGACGUUCGUAAUGAUGUGUCCCAUCCUCAAAACUAGUCCACUGACAUGUAGACGAGCGGAAUUCUAUAACUGUCUUUUUAAAAACACCCCACAGCUCUACCAUUAAUUAAAUAACGUAGAAAGAUUUUAGAAAGCAAUUCAACAGUCUUGAUUGAAUGGAAUUUUUUCUCCCAUUGUUCCAGGCUGUGAUUGGUUGAUACUGCUGGGACAUAGCCUAGUUCCAAAUACUGAAUCAGACCAGCGCCAGCGGUGCAUUAUAGCCUGCCGCCAGUCGAGGGAGAGCUGCACAGACCAUAGCUAAGUCAAUCAGUCUACCUACCGUAGAUAAUAUUGUGGGCAGCUGUAAUGUCUAGGCUAACCUUGGUUGGACUGUAUUUAUACUCACACUAAGCUAGCUAGCUACUAAUGGACUAGCUAAGCUUUGAUAACAAAUUGCUAACACAAAUUUUCACCAGCUAUUGAUGCACAAAGUGAGUAGUGUCCUGUGAGUAGACCAACUCUGCUUUGACAACAACAGCUAGCUAGUUGAUUAAUUUGCUGAGGUAGGUAAUAAUACCUAUAUUGCUAGUCUAAAAAACAGCAGCACAUAGCCUAUUAGGGUGAGCAAACCAUAACAUUUUUACAGCCACAGCCAAAGAUUUUGGCUAAUAAAAAGCUUGCCUUCAGCUCAGCCACUGGCAAUCUCUUGCGUUGAUCUUCUGGCUAUGUCAACUAAUCCUAUUCUCAAAUUAUGAAAUAAAAUGCAUUCAAUCGAGACCGUCAAAUGGUAUUCCAAACACUUUUGAAUAAUGUGUAUAUAUUUUUUAUGUUUCAGUCUCUUUUUAACUUUCAAGUGUUGCCAGCUUUGAAUAAUGAUUUGUGCUUCAAAGCAGCUUUAUGAAUGAGGGGGAAAGAAAAGAGACACUUAUACCGGAGAACCAGCGUUGAAGACAACAGUAAUACUGUUUUGGAGAGGGCAUUUUUCUUCAAGUGAGGCAAUUAUACAAAAGAGAAUGCAGAUAGUUUGUUUUUUAUCCUGUUGACAUGACCUAAUUUCAACCCUCCUGUUGAAAUUUUGCAGAGAUAUAUAACUUUUAUUCACGCAUAAAUGUAUGACUCAUUGGCUGUCUCAAAUGGAGCUAUUGUGAGUUCAUGAAUUGUCCCAGACUGUCCCAGAAUAUGACUAUGAAACUUCCAGGUAUGGUUUCAUAUUGUACAGUUUCACUUCAUGUAUGAAACAGAGGUUUCUUGUUAAGUGUGAUCUGUUGCAACAGGUUUGUUCUCUUGUUGUCUGAACUUUCUUUGUUCUUUGCACAAACAUGUCAAUUCUCUUUUCUGUGAGUAAGUACAUUAGGAGAGUGGCGUAGGAUGUGUUUUUUAUUCGAGUUGGUGCAAAGUUGGUGUCCAUGGACGUUAUCUCUGCAUGAAGUGCAUUCUUCAUGUUUUGCUGAAUCUUAAUUGGGCAAUGACUUUUCUGCCAGUUUACUGAAAGAGAUGUUGAAUCAAUCAUUGUAAGGUUUUUGCCAAAUCAUUGUAUUUUGCCAAUGUGUAUAACUGUAGAUGUCUGGUAUUGUCAAGAAAAUAAAGACAUUUAUAAAAGA